GUAGGCGGUGGAUGAGAGAGCUGGCGCAGCUGCUGUGGUGGCAGCGGCUGAAGUGGUGGCAGCAGCGGCAGCGGUGGUGGCUGCAACAGCUCCAGGCUCGGGGUCUCCACGGCGGCGCUACCGGCAGGCUGGGCUGCACGGUGCAGAGUCCGGCGCGCAGUCCGGGGUGCUGGGGCGCGUAUGCCUCAAAUGGAGGAGUUUCUGAGAAGCACCUCUGGGCCAGUGGCUUUGAAAGGGAGCUUAAAGCAGAGACUAUUUACAGCCCUGAACAUCACAUCCUGAGGGCCACAGGAGAGAAGAACAUGGCCAUGAAUUUAGAUGACGACGUUCCCCUCAUCUUGACCUUGGACGAGAGUGGCAGUGGCCCACUGGCUCCUUCCAAUGGCCUGGGCCAAGAGGAGCUGCCUAGCAGAAAUGGAGGCAGCCAUGCCAUCCACGACUUCCGGCCCCCCAGCCUGAGCUCAGAGGGUGAGAGUUUCCCGUCCAGCCCCCCUGGACACAACUGGGAGAUGAAUUACCAAGAGGCAGCAAUCUACCUCCAGGAAGGUGAGAAUAACGACAAGUUCUUCACCCACCCCAAGAACGCCAAAGCGCUGGCGGCCUACCUCUUCGCACACAACCACCUCUUCUACCUGAUGGAGCUGUCCACCGCCCUGCUCCUCCUGCUGCUGUCCCUGUGUGAGGCCCCCGCCGUCCCCGCGCUGCGGCUUGGCAUUUACGUCCACGCGACCCUGGAGCUGCUCGCCCUCACGGUGGUCGUCUUUGAACUUUGCAUGAAGUUGCGGUGGCUGGGCCUCCACACCUUCGUCCGGCACCGACGGACUAUGGUCAAGACCUCUGUGCUGGUGGUGCAGUUCAUCGAGGCCAUCGUGGUGUUGGUACGGCAGACGUCCCACAUGCGGGUGACCAGGGCGCUGCGCUGCAUUUUCCUGGUGGACUGUCGGUACUGCGGUGGCGUCCGGCGCAACCUUCGGCAGAUCUUCCAGUCCCUGCCGCCCUUCAUGGACAUCCUCCUGCUGCUGCUCUUCUUCAUGAUCAUUUUCGCCAUCCUUGGUUUCUACUUGUUCUCCCCUAAUCCUUCAGACCCCUACUUCAGCACCCUGGAGAGCAGCAUCGUCAGUCUGUUCGUCCUUCUGACCACCGCCAACUUCCCAGACGUGAUGAUGCCUUCCUACUCCCGGAACCCCUGGUCCUGUGUCUUCUUCAUCGUGUACCUCUCCAUCGAGCUGUACUUCAUCAUGAACCUGCUUCUGGCUGUGGUGUUUGACACCUUCAAUGACAUCGAGAAGCGCAAGUUCAAGUCUUUGCUGUUGCAUAAGCGAACCGCCAUCCAGCACGCCUACCGCCUGCUCAUCAGCCAGCGGAAGCCUGCUGGCAUCUCCUACAGGCAGUUCGAGGGCCUGAUGCGCUUCUACAAGCCUCGGAUGAGCGCUGGGGAGCGCUAUCUGACUUUCAAGGCCCUGAAUCAGAGCAACACGCCUCUGCUGAGCCUGAAGGACUUUUACGAUAUCUAUGAAGUCGCCGCCUUGAAGUGGAAGGCGAAGAGAAAUAGAGAACACUGGUUUGACGAGCUUCCCAGGACAGCAUUCCUCAUCUUCAAAGGAAUUAAUAUCCUGGUGAAGUCCAAAGCCUUUCAGUAUUUCAUGUACUUGGUGGUGGCCGUCAACGGCGUCUGGGUCCUUGCAGAGACCUUCAUGCUGAAAGGCGGGAACUUCUUCUCCAAGCACGUGCCCUGGAGUUACCUCGUCUUUCUGACUAUCUACGGGGUGGAGCUGUUCCUGAAGGUCGCCGGCCUGGGGCCCAUUGAGUACCUGUCCUCUGGGUGGAAUCUGUUCGACUUCUUCGUCACGGCGUUCGCCUUCCUGGGGCUGCUGGCCCUGGCUUUCAACAUGGAGCCCUUCUAUUUCAUAGUGGUUCUGCGUCCUCUCCAGCUGCUGAGGCUGUUCAAGCUGAAGAAGCGUUACCGCAACGUGCUGGACACCAUGUUUGAGCUGCUGCCCCGCAUGGCCAGCCUGGGCCUCACCCUGCUCAUCCUGUACUACUCCUUUGCCAUCGUGGGCAUGGAAUUCUUCUGUGGGAUCCUCUACCCCAACUGCUGCAAUACAAGUACAGUGGCGGACGCCUACCGCUGGCUCAACCACACUGUGGGCAACAGGACUGUGGUAGAGGAAGGCUACUACUAUCUCAAUAAUUUUGACAACAUCCUGAACAGCUUUGUGACCUUGUUUGAGCUCACGGUUGUCAACAACUGGUACAUCAUCAUGGAAGGCGUCACCUCUCAGACCUCCCACUGGAGCCGCCUCUACUUCAUGACCUUUUACAUCGUGACCAUGGUAGUGAUGACGAUCAUCGUGGCCUUCAUCCUCGAGGCCUUUGUCUUCCGAAUGAACUUCAGCCGCAAAAACCAGGACUCGGAAGUUGACGGUGGCAUCACCGUGGAGAAGGAAAUGUCCAAGGACGAGCUGCUGGCUGUCCUCAAGCUGUACCGGGAGGUGCAGGGAGCCUCUUCGGACGUCACUCGGCUGCUCAAGAUCCUCUCGCAGAUGGAGAGAAAUGAGCAAAACGCCAUGGUGUUCCUGGGCCGGAGAUCAAGGACCAAGAGCGAUCUGAGCCUGAAGAUGUACCAAGAGGAGAUUCAGGAGUGGUACGAGGAGCACGCCCGGGAGCAGGAGGAACCGCAGCGACAGCCGGAUGGCAGCGGCGUCCCCGCCGCCGAGCAGCCCCCAGGCAGCCGCCAGCGCUCCCAGACCAUCACCUAACCCCAGCGCGCACACGCAAGCCAUCUCUUCUAUGCAAUAACACAAUAGUAUUAUUUUACUAUGAUGUAUCAGGAUAUGUGCAUAUUUACAUAUGCACAUAUUCAUAUAUAUGCACCUAUUUAUAUAGAGAAAAAGGAAGACAGACAUUAUCCUUAACGCCAGGAGCCAGUUUGCUUGGGGCAGUGGCAGGGGAAGGGGGGGGCGGUCUGGCCCCUAGGAGCCCUUCCUAGCACAGAAAGCUCCGGAAGGCACUUUCACAAGAGGGCCGCUGGGCCAGAUCCUGCCCUCUGCAGGGCCCAGCUUCAAGGCGGGCCAGCCCUCCCCAGGCCACGUCCACACCCACGCCGUCCUCCUGGCGCCGCUCCCAUGGCUCGCCCCAGCUGACAGCUUCCCCACUCCCUUCCCCUGUGGCCACGUCACGGGUCUCUGUGUCUUGCUUUAGGGACAGAACCACUUACGAAGGAGAGAACCCACACCCUCGGGGUUCGUAUUUCUAUAUAUAUGAUAAUGUAAUCGAGCGUUCCCUUGGGGGACCUGUGCCUCAGCCCCGACGGAACGAGGAAUCCAGGGGUGUUAUUCAUGCAGGCGGUCAGAUCCCUGCCGGGGCUGGGCAGAAGAGAUGGUGCGGACGCAGUCUGUGCCCUGGCUGUCAGCCUCUGUGCACACCCCUUUGGUUCGGUUUCAGUGCUUGUUGCUGACCAUCCUAAGGUGGUCUCGUUUGGAACCCAGGCCCAGCAGGGGGAGGAAGGCAGCCAGGGGCCGGCCCGCAGCUGCCUCCCAGGUGGGACUCCUAGGACGGGCUUUCUCCAUGAAAUCCCGUCUCCUGCUUGCGAUUGUCCUGUCCAAGCAACAAGGCUUGUUGGUUAACUCAGGGCUAUGCUGAGGGCAAUGCAGAUGCUUCACGCAUGUGCAUUAGGUUCUACACUCGGGAACAGAGAGAAUACAGACGCCUCCGUGGGGUGUCUCCAGCGACCCUGUGGCUGAACCCGUGGGGCUGCUUGCCCCUCAUCCUCACCCCAGGGCCUCCCUGGGAGGAGUGGCCGGCACAGCUCCCCCAGUGCCCCUGAUGCCAGGGGUUCCCUGCAAUCAGUGUGGUCAGGUAGGACUGACACUGGAAUCCAGAGCGGGCCGUCGGGGGAGGCCGCUCUGGGGAACGUGGUGGAGGUCGUGCCACAGGCAGGGUCAGAGGAGGGAGCUUCGGUUCCACUCUCCUGGGCUGCACACCUGGAGGGGGGCAGGGGCAGCCCCACCCAAUGCCAGCUCUCCAGCUGCCUCCACAGCCUCUCAGGACUUAGGAAGGCAGGUGGGCAGAGGAUCUGAUGCCAAGUCCUCUCCCCAGCAAGGCAGGACCCCGCCCUGGGGGUACAGUACCCAGCUUGCCCCCCCCACACCACUCCCUGGCCAUCUCCAAGGCCAAGCCUGACCCCUGCUGCCAACACUGCGCAGCUCUGCCCCUCCCCAGGGGAGAAGUGUGGGCAUUUCCAUUUUUACAGCACAGCCCUUCGGGGAAACCAGGAAUCGCUGAGAUUCCCACAGGGGUCAAGAGGCUGAUGUCGUCUCUGGAGGACCACAGCCAUCACGGGCAGCUCGGUGGAACCGGGUCCCCUGCCCAGAGAAGGAGCUUCAUUUGCAUACCAGGUGCCUUGUAGCUUCUGUACUGAAAUGGGCCUUUCAGAAGCGGGAGCCCAGGGGCAGCUUCUGAAGGAGGCCAGGACUGCCCCCAGCCUGAGCCUCUGAGGCCUUGUUCUAGUCCCUUCCUCUGCCCCCAGGGGCUGCAAACCCGGGAGGGGCAACAGAGCCGGUGAGGCCCCCCAGUGUGAGGGCUGGUACCAGGAAGGGGGGCUUCUAGUCCAGUCCCCCUGAUCCUGUCCUGGGAAAGGCCCUACCUAGCUUUAGCUCAGAGGGAUGAAUGCCAAGGGCCAAUAGUGCUGACGGGCCUUCGUCACGGAGGCUAAGGACAACUGUCCCUACAGGGUCACUUUUGGCCUCAUCAAGUUGUUUGCAGGUUCUUGGAGCAGGGAGUGGGUGUCACCCAGGGUCAUGAGCUCUGAGGGACCAAGGACAUCAUUCAGCUCAGAUGUCCUCAUUCCUACGUCAGCUGAGACCAGGCCGAGAUGCUGACUUGCCCUGGGUUGAGCAACCCAUCAGUGGCUCAGAUGGCCCUGUGCCCCUGCCCUGCCUCAGGUGGCAUGCCAUCCAGCUCCUCCUCGUGUCCCUCCCCCCACCCAGCCUUAUUCCACAUCACGUGACAAUCAUUUUGUACGGAUAGCGGGAACAACCCUGAGGUUUUGUACGUUGGUGAUUUGUUUCCUAGAAAGCCCACAGUGUCUCGGACUCUGGCAUAUUAAUAAAAGCGCCUCUGCUUUGUAA